UAAUAUUUUAAUUCUUAAUCCUGAUCUUUUAUUUUCAUAUGUCAUGCAGUAUCAUAUCACAAUCUUCAGUGUAUCCUAUGGAUUUAGCCAAGUUACGUAUGCAAAUUACACGUACAUCUUUGCAAGAGACAAUAAAACAGACUUUAAAGGAAGUUGGAAUUCGGGGAUUUUAUGUUGGUUGGACUGCAGCUAUGCUUCGACAAUUAACAUAUAGCACUGCAAGGCUUGGCUGCUAUACUACAUUAUAUGAUUUAGCCCAGAGUUAUUUUGGUCGUUUAAAUUAUGCUACAAUGCUCGGUAUUGGAAUGAUAUCUGGUACUGUUGGUGCAUUUGUUGGAACACCGUCCGAUUUGAUUUUAGUUCGUAUGGUAGGUGACCUACAAUUACCUCCUGAGAAACGACGGAAUUACAGAAAUGCUUUCGCCGGAUUAAUUACUAUUUAUAAAACGGAGGGUAUUGGUAGAUUAUGGAGAGGAGCUGUACCAACGAUGACUAGAGGGGCACUUGUGAAUGGAACUCAAUUGGGCACCUACAGUAGAGCGAAAGUAUCAUUACUAGAUACUGGUCUCUUUGAAGAAGGUUUAUGGUUGUCAUUUGUCGCAUCAAUGAUCUCUGGAACAGUGAUGUGUUUAGCAUCACUUCCUGUGGAUGUAGUUAAAACUAAAGUACAAAAUUGGGCUUUACCUACAAAACCACCAAGCUUACCUCGGAUGUUAGUCAUAACAAUGAAAGAGGAAGGAAUAUUUGCACUGUACCGUGGAUGGUUUCCAUAUUAUAUUAGAUCAGCUCCUUAUGCUGUGAUUACUAUGAUAUGCCUUGAACAGUUUAAAUACGCAUAUAAUAUGUUCUUUGUAAGAGAUUAGAUUUCGAAUUUUAUUUUGAUAAAUAAUAUCGCAAAAAAGAUUAUGAAUAACGCGUGCUAAAAAAAAGAUUUUAUUCUAUUAUUUUCCCCUUUAAUUAUAUGUUCCGUUGUUUACAAUCUAAAUAGAAUAAUAUUU